GAAUGGACUGUAGAAUACAACUGAACGGGUCACUUUGAGCUUAACACUGCGAAUAUUUGCGAAGAGAUGAGAGAAUCUGUAGCGCAAGCAGGAAAGAAAUUUAACUGAUUAAUAAGGCAGACGGACAGUGAUUCCGCUGAGUGUAUCCUAGUCAGUGAUUUCGUCCUCCCGAAGAGCGAAUAUUUUUCCACUGCACGACUUACUGGAUAUUCCACCUGAAGAUGGAGUUUGGAGAAAGGAAGAGGAGAAGGAAGUCGCAGAGCUUUAAACUGGUCACGGAUGGAGAUUUAGAGCCUUCAUAUGUGAUUAACUCCAGCUCCAAAGAUGCCAAUGGGGAGCCAAAGGAUGGUGCUAUGCCUGAUGCUUGGCUGGAGGAUGAGGGCAUGGAGAUCAAAAGGCAAAUCACAGGAAUGAUGAGGCUUCUGAGCGAUAAGACCAGCAGAGUAUACCAGCGUGCUGGUACAGAGCAGGAUAGCUUAACAAAGGAGCCCCAGGAAAAGCCUCUGAACUGGGUAAAUCAGCCUGAACUUUUAUCUCUGGUGUCAGAGGACCACCAGAGCAACAGCUGGAACUCUGCAGAGGACCCAGGGCCUUCACCUUCAUCCAUAUCCAUCCCAGUCCCAAACGGCCCAGGCUGCGGCCAGUACAGCACACGCUCCAGAGCCCUCAGGAUUCUCAACAGCACAAAGGGUUUAAUCAAAGUGAAUGAAACUAAUGAUGUAGUUCCUCCUACUGUGCCAGAAACCCCCUGCUGUAUGUGUAACUGUAAGGGCACCUUACAGGCUAUUUUGCAGGAACUACGUGCCAUGAGGAGGUUGAUGCAGAAUCAAAAAGCAUCUUUAGAAAGGCAGGAAAGGGCAGCAUCGCCGUCUCAACCUCGCCUAGGUGCAGGACCCAGUCCUCGCCACAGGCCUCGAAAGAGGAGGCCAAUCUAUAGGAUGACUCCGUUAUCUGUGUUUAGCACCAGAAGAGCUGGUCUUGCUCCUCUGGAUGCAUCACUGCUAAAAGCUGCACCUAUGGAAUCUGUAAAGAGGCGAGAAUGUGAGAAACAAGACUCAUCUACACCCAACAAUCAUCCCACCUCCUCUGACAUUCCUGUGCCACCACCUCAGACCAACCCAGUGACGGUCAACAACACAUCUCCUCUCCUGAACCAACUAAGGGAAUCACAAGCAUUAGAGUCUGAGGUGCGUCUCGCAGAGGAUUAUGACGUGUUUAUCUCUAAGGCCCAGCUAGACUCCAUUCUGGUCAACUAUACACGCUCAGGCAGCCUGCUGUUCCGGAAACUGGUGUGUGCCUUCUUUGAUGACGCCACGCUGGCUAACUCCUUGCCAAAUGGCAAAAGGAAGAGAGGGCUAAAUGAUAACCGUAAGGGCUUGGACCAGAACAUUGUGGGUGCCAUUAAAGUUUUUACAGAGAAAUACUGCACUGAACACAAAAUAGAGAAGUUGCCUGGGCCACGAGACUGGGUUCAGAUCCUUCAAGAUCAGAUCAAACUUGCAAGGAGGAGGCUGAAAAGAGAUGCCGUAGAAGCAGAAGACAUCUCAAAUGGACCAUCCACAAGCUGUGAUAAUAAACAGGCUGCAAGUGAAGAGAGGACAGCAGCGAACACAACUGGUUAAUCCAAUGGCUGCCACGAUGACCUUACAGUAGAGUCUUGUCUUCAUUAUUUCUCUGAGUUGAUGCAUUUUGCCACUAUUUGCAGCUGUUAACUGCUAUGUGCUAUGAAUGUAAAGAGAUAUAAAAUAGGACCAUACAAGAAUCCCAAUGUAGUAUUUGUGAUCCAAAAAGCUUUUCAUUGGGGCCCCAUUAAAAUGCUGAGAUUUGGAAUUUUGUGAAAACAAACACUGAACUAUACAGCGGUUAGGUAAUGAGAUCGGUCACUUACUGUUUACAUAAAAGACAACAGCCUUAAAAGCUAACUUGUUUUAUUUUCAUGCAAUGAAAUAAAGAUCAAACAUCUCAAAUGAGACUAAGUACUAUAACACUAUUGCGUUCAUUUAUUUAGCAAAAACUAAACUUCACGGGAAGCUGUUCAUUGUGAAUUGUGCCUUUCAAGUAACUAGUGGGUUUAAUGUGCAGUGCAGCAUCCACCUUAUAUCCAGACAUUACAUCCAAAUGCAAACAUCUUGUAAACAUGGUCCAAUGUAUUUCUUUUUGGGGCAAAUUUUAAUUCAUUAAAAAAAAUUGCAAAUUAACAAUAGGUUUGCAGUCUACAUUAAGUGAAAAUAUAAAAAUAUAUCGCACACUAUGUUUUUUUUUCUUUAUUAGAUUUUUAGGC